CUCGCUCCCUCCCGGCGCGCAGCGGCAGCGCUGGUGCCGUUCCUGCCCGGCUUUGUGCCCUGAAGCCCCGUCCCUCCUCUUCCUUCUCCUCCUCCCCCCUCCUGCCGUAAAAGCUUCACGAGGCUCUGAGCAGCAGCAUCCGAAAGCGCCGCAGCCUCUCGCUGAAACCACCGACUGCAGCAAAAACCCUUUUUAUUUUUUAUUACAUAUCUCCUCCGUCUCCUUCCUCUUUUUUUUUUUUCUUUUUUUUUUUUUUUUCCUCUUCCUCUUCCCCCGCAAACGCUUCAAGGUGGACGCGGAGCGCAAAAAGACCUUUGUUUUAAAAAUGCCCAUGGAGCUGACGCAAAGCCGCAUCCAGAAGAUCUGGCUUCCUAAUGACAACCGCCCGGCGCUGCCCCGCCGAUCCUGUGGGCCACAGCUUGCCAAUUCCCCCACUGUGAUAGUGAUGGUUGGCCUCCCAGCCCGUGGGAAGACCUACAUCUCCAAGAAGCUGACGCGCUACCUCAACUGGAUUGGUGUCCCUACAAAAGUUUUCAACGUGGGGGAAUAUCGCCGUGAGGCUGUGAAGCAUUACAGCUCCUACGACUUCUUCCGUCCUGACAACGAGGAGGCCAUGAAAGUCAGGAAGCAGUGUGCUAUGGCCGCCUUGAGGGAUGUCAAGCUGUACCUGACGGAGGAGGCUGGGCAGAUUGCGGUUUUUGAUGCCACCAAUACCACGCGGGAGAGGAGAGGGAUGAUCCUAAACUUUGCCAAAGAAAAUGGAUUUAAGGUGUUCUUCAUUGAAUCUGUCUGCAAUGAUCCCACUGUGGUUGCCACCAAUGUUAUGGAAGUCAAAUUGUCCAGCCCAGAUUACCGGGACUGUAACUCCACUGAUGCCAUGGAGGACUUCAUGAAGAGGAUAAAUUGUUACCAAGCCAGUUACCAGCCACUCGACCCUGAUGACUACGACAGGGAACUUUCUCUCAUCAAAGUCAUCGACGUUGGCCGGCGGUUCCUGGUCAACAGGGUUCAGGAUCACAUCCAGAGCAGGAUUGUUUACUACCUGAUGAACAUCCAUGUCCAGCCCCGCACCAUUUAUCUCUGUCGGCACGGAGAGAGCGAGUUCAACCUCAUGGGCAAGAUUGGAGGGGACUCUGGCCUCUCCAACAGGGGCAAGAAGUUUGCGCUGGCACUGAACAAAUUUGUAGAAGAGCAGAACCUGAAGGACCUCAAAGUCUGGACCAGCCAACUAAAAAGGACAAUCCAAACAGCAGAAGCUCUGCAGCUGCCCUACGAGCAGUGGAAGGCACUCAAUGAAAUCGAUGCUGGUGUGUGUGAAGAAAUGACGUAUGAAGAAAUCAGGGAGCAACAUCCAGAGGAAUUCGCUUUACGUGAUCAGGAUAAAUAUUACUACCGUUACCCUUCAGGGGAGUCCUACCAGGAUCUGGUGCAGCGCCUGGAGCCAGUCAUCAUGGAGCUGGAGAGGCAAGAGAACGUCCUUGUGAUCUGUCACCAGGCUGUCAUGCGCUGUCUCCUGGCAUACUUCCUGGACAAGAGUGCAGAUGAAAUGCCCUACCUGAAAUGUCCCCUUCACACGGUGUUGAAGCUGACCCCGGUAGCCUACGGCUGCCGGGUGGAAUCCAUCUCGCUGAACAUCGAAGCCGUCAACACCCACAGAGAUCGGCCAGAGGAAGCAAAGAAGGGACCUAACCCGCUCAUGAGACGUAAUAGCGUUACCCCUCUAGCAAGCCCAGAGCCCACCAAAAAACCUCGCAUCAACAGCUUUGAGGAGCAUGUGGCUGUUUCUUCCGCCCUGCCAGGCUGUGUUCCUCAGGAAGUGCCCACGCAGAUGCCGGGACAAAACAUGAACAACUCGCAGAAGCCGUCGUGACUCCGUUGGCACUGUCGCGAGGCCGCCGGCGACGCCAGCUUCCCAUCCCACCGCCGUUCCCGAAGCUUGCUUAUCCACCGGUCUCCUCCCCGUCUGCGGCGAGGGCGACCCUCGGCUGUUCCUGCUCACGCCCGUUCAUCCGCAAACCGCUCUGCUGCGGGGGGGAGGGAUGCAGGAGAGCGGAGGAGAGGAGCUGAGCUCCCCUCCGGAGGGGUCACCACCAGCUCUUCAGCUGCAGCGUUUGCUCUCCUCUCCAGCGUCCUGUAGGGUCCUAGCGAAGCUGUAAAGUGCUUUCUAGCGCACAGGAGUUUUAAUUUUUCCUCUCUAAGCGGUUUUGAUCUUCUGUAUAGAUGAUUGGUACCCACCUGUCUGCGGGUGGGGCGUGUAUAUAUGUGGAUGGUGCGGGGAGAAACAGGGGGAAGGGAGGGUGGGCAAAGGGUUUUUGCAUUAUAUUUUUUUUAAUUAUUAUUAUUAUUAUUAAUGAUUCUUGAUAAGCUCCUCCCAAGCUUUGCUGCAGUCCUUCACCCACGCUACAGCCUGUCGCACACGCCAGCCCAGCUCACCCAGGUCUGCGAGCACCAGGAAGGCAGCUGUGUGAACUCCUUCACUGCUGGGUUUAACU